CCAACAAUAACAAGGCCAACAAUAACCUACUUUUGUUUCCAUAUUAUGUUAAACGGCAUAUUAUAAUGAAAAUUAUUUGAAUUCAAACAAAAACAUGAUCUUUGGUCACGACUGUUCGAUAAAAGUGUUCUUAUCAUGUUGACAUAACAGUUUUAAAGAGUAGUUUUAAUCAAAAAUGAAUCAUUUUAAAGAAACAGGCUUUUGCUACAAGUGCAGACAAUAAUGUCAAUAAAACAUAUUUUUGUAUGCAAGGAUGUUCCUUUUCCUUCUGGAACCACGAAAGAAGAACAAAGAGUUUGGAGUGGCUGGUGUGAAAUGGGAGACCGAGAAGUUGUCAGGGAGGCUGCUGUUAAAGGGGUUCAUGUUCAACUGGCAAUUAAGUUUUUGGCUACACGGAAUCAUACAGCUUAUGAAAAGGCGCAGACAGUUUUUAAUCAAGAAGUUAAUUUGUGGGUACAUGAGCUUCUUAAUAGGAAACAAAUAUUCAGGGCUUCUCAUAUUUUAAACAAUAUGAAAUUAGAUCCAGUUUUGGAAAUGACCCAGAUCUUUGUGGAAACUGACAAAAAGGAUCUGAGAAACUAUAUUGGUGAUCAUUUGUGUAAAAUAAGUAAAAUGCCUGAAAAUUUCAUUGUGACAUGGAAUUUACUGAAAGCAAUUGAAAACAAAAGCAAUAUUCUUAGUCGGGAUGAAAAUUAUACAGCAACAUUUUCAGAAAUUAACAAAAAAGAUCAUAAGUGGAAGUGUAAAGUUGGUACAAAACUCUUCUUUUCGACUUUUGAUUUUCAAUUAAAACCUUAUCUAGAAAAGGAAAUAAUGUGGGAGUUUUUAUUAAAAAAUAACAACAAAAGUUUAUUGAAAUUGUGGAUUGAUUUGAGUUUUUCUGAGAAUCAAGACAUAGACUGUGAAUUAGAAAAUCUAACCAUUGACCAAAAAGCUGUCUUAAAAGAAUUAUUUAAAAGUUACGAAAUCAGUAAAGAAAUGGUAGAUUUAUUAUGUGAAAACAGCACUUGUAUAGAAGAUGAACUUAGAGAUUUUGUACUGAAUGAAUUGUGUAAAUUUGGCAUGUUUUGCUCAAAAGAAGUAAAUGAUGUGGUUUAUUUAAUUCGACGAAUUAUUAACACGACUGGCAUUUCAGAAUUGUAUGAUUUAUUGAAGAAAAAUCAGAUUGGUCAUUUUUUGAAUUCAUUUACUAAGCAUUGUAUAAAAAAUAAAUAUUACAUUCCUCUUAACGUAGUUCUAAAUCAAAUAGGUACACAAUGUUUUGAUUAUAAUAAUUUUAAUUCGGAACAUUUAAACAUAAUUAUUAGUACAAAGCAUUUAGCAACCAAUUUUAGAAACGAUAAUAAUUUUAUUAAAAAUAUUUUUGAUUUUGCUAAACUUUUGUCUGGUGGUGAUUUACAUUCUUAUUUUAUUGAAAAUCCUUUAAUAUUCCUUUCCCUAGUAUUAUUCAACGAUAAGAAUUUAUUGUUACCAAUUAAAGGAAAAGGAUCAGAAUAUCUUCACAAUUUUGAAAUAGAUCUUAAAUUCUUGGAAAAGGCAGUCGAAAAGUUACCAGUCGUUAGAAAAUUAGUUGCAGAAAUUAAUACAGAAACAAGUACUACUUUAACGAUUUACGAUCUCUUAGAAAAACAUGCCAAUGUGGAUGUUAAAAAUGUUUUUAACUUUCGUUUUUCAAAUGACUCGUCAUUUCCUACAUUCACUUCUCAUACUUCUUUACUUGAUUACACUUACAAAAAAAAAAUUAAUUUCUUAACGUAUAUACGCCAAGAAAGACCCAGCAUUGCUGCUUUAAGUUUUUACACAUCGUCCAAUGCCAAUGAAGAAGUUCUCAGAAAGAUCGAAAAAUUCGCUUAUAAAAAUUACAAUAAACCAAAAUUAACUGCUACUUGUAUAGCUUUUUUAAGAAUGAUUGGUGAAGAUUGUUACAAAUUACGAAAUCACAUACAUAUAGCCAACUUAUUGGACUUGGAAUUCGAUUCAAAAGGACGGCUUCUUUUCAGUCUUACACCAGAAGAUGUUAUCAAAGACAUCGAAAACUUGUAUAGCUCCGAUAUAAUUAACUUAAUGGAAUGCUUUAACGUUUACAACUUUGUGGAUAUUUUAAAAAAGUAUAAGGUGCUUAUAAACUUUGCUAAAUAUCACGAGACAAAAUAUCCUGAACAAAUACUUGUAAAACUGGCUGAAAACAAUCAUUGGCUAGCGUUUCUUAUUUUCGUGCAAUACUUUAACUAUCCUGAGAACCAAAUAUCUAAAGUAUGUGUAAAGUUUAAAAACACUGCUUUAUCAGAACACUUACAGCACGCUCUUUUUAAUGACAUAAAAGUAGAAGAAUCGAAGACGUCCCUCAUGAGGGAAAGGAAUUCAAGAAAUUUUUUCUUAUCUCGAAUUGGGGUACGAAAAACCAUCGAUAAUUGCAUUGCUCCUGUUGAUCAGGGUUAUUCCAGUAUAAGCUUUAUGUCUCAAACCUCGAGUGCAGAAAGUUCUUCUGGUUCCAGCAGCAUUUCUGAAUAUGAGACUGAAAUGACACACCAAGGAGAGCAAAUUGAUCUAUUAAAGGUGCUGGUAAAAUGCCAUAAUAGCACUGACCCUCCGAAAAUGCUCUUGCAUUCCUGUUAUCUGUUUAAGUGUCCGCUUUUAGCUAUCUUUGCAACAAGUUACGAGAUUAAAGAUCAACUAGCUUCUUAG